AAAUGAAGAAGGAAACAGAAAAAGGAGAAAAUAACACUAUAACGAACACUUAUUUGGUCAGCUGUGAGAUUCAAGAAAAGAGAGUGGUUGAUUUGAGGCUCUCAUUCCUGUUCUGGGCAGAGGCAGGAUGGAUUGGAGGUGGAGGGAGCUGAUAUCUUUCAUCAUUCUUUGCAUUCUAUGGUCGAAGCCUAUCUGCAUUCAAGGAACAACAAAUCCAACAGAUGCCUCUGCUUUAAGGGUUUUGUACAUCAGUUUAGACUCCCCCUCUCGGUUAACCCAGUGGAACGCAAAUGGGGGUGACCCUUGUGGACAAUCAUGGAAGGGGAUUACUUGCUCCGACUCACGGGUUACAGAAAUAAACUUGUCUGGCCUUGGACUCAGUGGAUCGCUUGGAUACCAGCUUGGAAGUAUGACAUCGGUAACCAACCUGUAAGGGAUGUGAGUAAUAACAAUUUUGGAGGCGAGAUUGUCUACAACCUUCCACCUAACCUGAAAAGACUAAAUCUUGGACGAAACAACUUCAAUAAAGCCAUCCCUUAUUCCAUUUCCUUGACGACUUCUCUUCAAUACUUAAACAUCAGUCACAAUCAGCUUCAGGAUCCAUUGAUGGAUGUGUAUGGCCAGCUAACUUCCCUAUCCAUAUUGGAUCUGUCUUUCAACGCUAUGUCAGGCAACCUGCCUCAGAGUUUUAGCUCACUUUCUGGCAUCAGCUCUAUGUAUUUGCAAAACAAUCGGUUCACUGGCACAAUUGAUGUCCUUGCAACUCUUCCUCUUGAUAACCUGAAUGUUGAAAAUAACCGUUUCACUGGAAGGAUCCCUGAACCACUGAAAAACAUCAACCUGCAAAAAAAUGGGAAUUCCUGGAACACCGGUCCUGCACCCCGUCCUCCGCCUGGUGCACCCCCAGCCUCCAGAAGAAACUAAACUGAAGUCACAAUUCAGGUGGCAGUAGUACUCCAUCCAAUGGUGGUUGUAGUGAAGGUCAGAAAUCAGGUAUUGGCGGGGGGUACCAUUGUACAUGUCAUGACUCUAGGAACAUUAGUAUUUUCAUAUCUUUUCCGACAUAAACAUAACUUAAAUAGUCUCGAGAUAUGUCUUCUUCGAGAAUCAUGUGCUGUCAAACGUGUCUUGAUCAUGUAUUAACUUAAUUGAGUCCAACUAUAUUGAUCAUGUGUUGAAUGACACAAUCGAUCAUAUUCCAUCAAGAGGAUCUUAGAUUUGGAUGAUGAUGAGUUAGGGUUUUAAACAAUAUUAUAUAUCUUAGCACAUCAUUCCAAAGCAAGAAAACUCAAUCUUUUUCA